AAGCUCAUUAAAAGCUCAAAACAUUUUGUUACUUUUUGUUUUUGUCAAAAGAACGUUUUUGUUAAAUUUGUAUUACGGCCUGGGUUAACGAGCAGACCAUCACGACGAGCAGGUGAUGGACACCUCUGGCCAACGGUGAUAGUCGUCGCAGCUGUACCAUGUGCUCCUGUUUAUUUGCUUGGAUUGAAAGCCUACCUCUGCCUUAAUCUUGGCAUACCAAGAAACAACAAAUGUUGUCGUCAAUUCGAAGAAGACAAUUCCGAGCACUCGGACUUUCAAGAUUCUCCCGAUGAUGUUGUUAAUAAUGAUAAGAACAAUGGUUUGGAAGCCAAUCGUAUAUUAUUCCUUCAUGCAAUUCUCUGUUUGAUCUCUGGAUGUCUCGUUGGUGCCAUCAACGUUGCUUGUUUUCUCAAAUCUACUACAUUUCAAGAAAAGAUCCGCGAGGAUGGAUCAUUCGAUAAUCUGAUAGAAGCUAUGAAUAAUUAUGCUUACGACGAUCGAGUUAGAUCUUACGUAGAUGCUGUUCAAAUGGAAUUUCAAUGUUGCGGCAGCGAGGAUUAUCGCGAUUGGUUUCACGUCAGUUGGUGGGCUAAACGAUCAACGGAAUAUUUUGACUAUGAGGAUAACGAACGACAACAGGAGGGGGGGCGGCAAUCGAUGGAAAAGAAGGACGAAGGAAAAAUAGCUACCGUUUUCAAAGAUGUACCGUUUUCUUGUUGCACCAAUAAAUUCGUAGAACCCUGUGGACAUCGAGAAAUUCUUCGAGCCAGUCAAGUUUGUAAUUUCGGUCUGAAUAAGGAAGAAACCGUUUGGAACGUUGGAUGUCGUUCCAUCAUUUUAACCCACGCUAGAGUCAUUGGAUUAUUUCUAAUAUUUUUCUUAAUUUGUCUUUCACUUUAUCAGUUUUUACUCGGCAUACUGUCACGUUUAGUUCAGACCGCGCAUAGCAAUGAAUUUUAUAUCGGUCCAGAGAAACUUUAUUAUCGCGCUUGGAUUUUCAGUAACACAUUAAGCCCAUGUUCUAAACAUUAUACAAAUUUAUUCCAAGAAUCUGACGAAGAUACUAUAGAAACGCGAUCGUUGUUACAAGAAACGUUGGAAUCGUCGCCGCCGUCGCCGCCACCGCCACCGCCUAUUAUCGUUUCUUCCGAUAAGAGAAAUUCAAACAAACGAAAACGUCAACAGGAACACAAAUUUGUAUUAACCCCGCGUGGAUCGGUACAACUGUUGCAAAUAGAUCGUCUUAGAAAAAUUCGAUCUAGUCCAAUCUUGUCAACAAACGAGCCUAUCAAAAAUACAUACAAACAGGAUGACAAUGACAGUUUGUUGGAAAAAAGUGACACAUCUAUUAGAGCCAAUUUGAAAUUUCGAGAAAAUAAAAAUCUAUCUAAUGCAGUGAUUGCACCCGUACCUCCUCCAUUUCCUCCCCAAUCCGAGGAGUACGAAGAAAAAAGGAAUUUCGAUAAUACGAGAAAUAAAAUAGAACGAGAGUUUAUUUCGAAACCGAGCAAACAGGAUAGACAAAAAUUGUUAAACAAAUUCGAACAAAUUUUUAAGAUCGAGGAAAGAAAUCGCAGAGAAUCCGGUGGAGCUGACGUUCCAAGGCCUUGGGAACAGUUGGUUCAACGAAGUAUCGAUUCUCCUGACAAAGUUAAUCAUAGUUCAAGAGAAAGCGAGAAAAGUCAUGUUCUUUCGAGAUUUCAAGCAACCGAUGCUUACGAUCGAUUUCGUGGUACGCUACAAGACACUUUAUCGAGACGAGAGAAUCCUCAUUUACAAAAUAGGACGACGAUUAGACGAUCCGCGAGACCAGGUCGCAUGUGUCCUUGCUGUUCGAAACGUAAUCAUCAACAUUUCAACGGAAACAACGUUGAUCCUGAAGAUUAUCGAAUCGUUCAACGAACAAACUUACUCCCAGAUAUUCCUUGUCCUCCUACUCCACCAGCAAUACCUUUAGCUUUACAUGAUUGUACAUCCCCGCGUUAUCCAAGACCAACUUUGAUUAGACUACAGCAACAAGAACAACGGAGGCAACAACGACAAUGCCAUUUACGGAAUUUCCAAAGGAAUGUCAACGACAACAAGCAUCAACCACCGCCAUGGACUUUGGCUGCUACCUCUUUCUCCCAUCCUUCCAAUAACAAUUGCAUACACUGUCAAACACGACAUUUUCUUACCACUAACAAACAACAUUAUCGUCGUUCGAUCAAUUCAAAUAGGUUUUAUUAAUAAGGAAAAAAGGUAGUGCAAUAUGACCACAAGAUGAAAGGGGGUUACAACGGCAACAUACAAUAUUCUGUUUAUUUGCCGAGAAGUAAAAUACACACAGGCAUUUCUUAUAUAAUAAUAUUAUUAUUAUUAAUAAUAAUAAGAAGAAUAAUUAUAAUAAUAAUGAUAAUAAUAAUAAUAAUUAAUAAUAAUGAUGAUAAUAAUAAUAAUAAUAAUAAUGGUACUGGCGAAUAAUACUUCUUAUUACAACGAUCUCUGAGAUACAUCUAGCAACGUAUCGAUACUAAAAAGAGAGAAGCUUAAUCUUAAUCAUUUUUAUCUUGAUUAUUUUGAAAUGUCCACGCGUGUACGCGUAUACGUGUUGGAUGUUUGCAUUUACACACGAACACGGAUAGGCACGAGCACAUUCCCACUCUGCAUCCUUUGUUUCCGAAAAACCGAUCGAUCAUCACUCUUGCUACUUUUUCCUCUUCUCUCUCGCUCUCCCUCUCUCUCUCUCUCUCUCACACACACACAUAAUCAUUUAUCUAUCAUUCGCAAACUAACAAUAAAUUUCUCUCCUUUCACCUUGCAAACAUUUGCAACGGUGGUCCCGUAAAUCGAUCUCGAAGCGAGCGCGUACUCGCAAUGAAAUUUCAUAUUUUUAUUAACUCUUCUUUUUCUUAUUACGUAUAAUAUAUGUAGU